ACUUUGGGCUCCAUAGCUUCUUGUAAUUAACAACAAAUGUUAAAUUAAAUGUCUCUUUUUUUUUAAUGAGAAAUCUAAUUUAUUAGAUUUAUUAGCAAUAUUUGAUAUUGCUCGGAGUAUUUUCAAUCUGAAUCCUUCUUCCACCUCGUGACGUCAUCCAAACAGCCGGAAGAGUGGCCGCCAUUACCGGUAGCCACGGUAACCGUUUUUGUCGUCGCGUUUGAGGGGAAAGAGCUCGAGAGCGAUCCGCCUAUUAGUCACCAUAAAGCCGAUAUAUAAUAUACUGACGGUGGCCCCCAGUGAAGCGUGAUGUCUGUCCCGGGCCACAGUCCCCAGCAGGGUGAAGGAACCAAGCUUAUGAAUUUUGAGGUUCUGCGGAACAGCUCCGAGCUCUUCAGAGCAGAAUGCACGAGGCUGAUGCUGGAAACCGAGAAAGCGUGCAAGCGCAUGCAGAACGAUGACAGCAAGCGACUCGAUCAGCGGGUCAGAGACAUCCAGUUUCUGAAGAAGGAGUUGGAGCUGAAGCUGGAGGAGGUCGUCGUGGAGAUCGACGUCCUCGUGGCGUUGCAGAGCAGGGUGGCGAAAGCCCUGGAGGCCUGCACACAGACUCUGAACGUUUCCGUGGUCUGUCUGGAGGAGAGGAAGCACCUCCCCUCUCGGAGGCUUCACGACGAGGUGGACAGAGAGCUGCUGAAGGAGAAGGAGGUGGUUGAGGGAGUGGCUUCCCUCCUGCAGAGGGUCGCGGAGCAGAUCACCGAGCAGAUCAGACUGGACCGAUCUGCCAAGUACCAGCUGGAGAAGGAUCUGAAGGAGAAGUUCGAGGCCGAGUGCAUCGACACCUCCUGUCUCCUGAUGACCCACCACGCCAUCAGCAACCUGCAGCGGGCCAGAGACACUGGAGCUGUCCCGCCGAGCUCGGCGGUGACCCCAAAGCAGUGGGAGAACAUCUCUGACGUCAACAUGGCCAAAGCGGAGCAGCAGCAGGCCAACUCGGUGGCCCUCAGGGCCCUGGUGGAAUGUCUCCUGGAGCAGACGGCCGCCGACAUGCAGCGGCAGGUCCAGGCCACGGCGGCGGCCUUCCAGCUGAACGUCCGGGAGAUCAAGUCCGCCAAGAGCCAGAUGGAGGAUCAGCUGGCCGCGAUUGUGUCUGAGUUCGCCAGCCAGGAAAGGAUUGCGGAGGAUCUGCAGGUGGCCAUCGCGGAGAGGGACCAGGUCCUGAGUCUGGCCCAGGCCCGGCUGGCUCUGCGCCGCCAGAGGCCCGGCAAAGAGCAGUGCCACGACCCGGCACAGGCCCAGCUCCUGACCGAGGUCCGGCAGCUCAGCGCUCACAUCGGCACGCUGCAGGAGGCGUGGGGCCGGUCGGGGGAGGAGCAGAGGGCUCUGGUCCGCUGCCAGCUGGAGCUGCAGGACGGCGUGGAGGCCGAGGCCAACGCGCUCUACGUCGACGAGGUCGUCUGCGCCCGGCAGCGGGAGCGCGUCGUCGUACACAACUUCUGAGCAUCGCCACGAGCGGACAUGUUCCCUGAAUUAAAGUGGGCCGCGUCACACGGGCUCCUUCCAACCUACGGCGUGGUCAUUUUAACUGAAGAUCACAAAGGUCACACAGCAGGCCUCAUUGACAUCAGGCUCACAGCACUAGCCUGAAUGAGCCAGGUGAGUUUACGCAUGUAAAAUACAUAAAACAAGAUUAUAUACGCAACGAUGGAGAGAAUUCAUGCCACUGUCCUUAAAGUCAGAGUAUGAGGGAAGCAACGCUCCUCCUUUCCUUCAGAGGUCUCAUGUUGUCUUAUUUGACCUCAACUCACUUCAGUUUGAAGUAUAUUUUUACCUUGUAAACAGUUGAAAACUAAGUUUAUACUUCAAAUUACAUACAUUCAAGUUUAUAUAUGUAUAUGUAUGUAUAUAAAUAUAUACGUAUAUGUAUAUAUAUACAUAUAUAAAUAUAUGUAUG